AUCUCUGUUUCUGUGGAUCUUGCAACGAUGAAAAAUCGGAAAGAAAAAAAGUAGCGACGCUCGUGCUGUUUGUCGUAGCCGUGAGGCUUGGCGCCAUGGAUCUACUCGCGCAGUUACUAUGAUUCAAAUAGCUUCGAUCAUCUGACGUGUUGCGAUCAUAUCGAGUCGAUCUUGUUGCGGUUUCGCUAUUCUAUAAAAUUAGCGAGACGCUUGCUCCACCGAGUAUGCUCGAUUCUAUAUACAUAUUUCGUUGCCACGCGAUAUCGGAUUCUUGCGAAACGUUUAUCUUGGCCGCGUGCACGCAUUUAUAGUCGGCCAUUUCACGAUCGAUCGAGUCCCCCUUUUCUAUUGCUUCUUAGAACGAGGAAGAAACGACAGGUUAAAAGCAUCGAUACGAACAGAGCAGCCUUUGGUCCGAUGAGAUCUUUCAUACAUUGCGCGUUCUUCGAGAUUCUUAAAAAAAAAAAAAAAAAAAAAAAAAUCAGCCGAGAAAUUCCUGCUAAAAGGCGAAACGCGUGAAAACCGUUUAAACGCGAAGCAACUGUACCGAUAAAAACGAAGAUGUUUAUAAAUUUUUCAACGAAACUACUAUUAACGUACGGUAUUUAGAAAAUACAGAAAAGUACGCUUCUCUCUAGAAAUACUCGCGCAGUUUGAAUCGAUUGUUGAUGCAUCCGUAUGCUAUUCGUCGCCUCUUAUUGGAUAUGCGUUUUCGCGGCAGCGACAACGCCAGACAAGUCAAAGAACUGCAAAAGAAAGAGAGGAACGGUGCAAGGAGAGUGAAAAGAAAUAAGCGAGAAGGAAGCAGAAAGGAAAGAGAAAGAAAAAUCUCAUGCUACGCCAUUCGCGAUCAUUUCGGUACAACUUCCACCGAAAUAAAAAACGAUACGAAGAAAUAGAAAUUUGAAUGGCGAUGCGAACGCUACGAUACCUUCCACGAAGGCGAUUGCUGUUUGUUAUUGAAGUUAUUCCAUUGCCUCGGGCCAGAACAAGGCGAGGCUGUAAGCACGUCUGUCCCUGAAUGACGAACGUUUACAUUUCAAUACAGUUGGAAUUUUUCUAAAAUUGUUCAGUCUCUAGUCGCGAUGCGCGCGGUGCCUCCAUCGUGAUUCCUUCGUUGCAUAGGACAUCCACGGCAUUUCAAUUAGCCACUUCGACGAAUAAAAUUUGCAGCCGUUUCUCCACGGUUUAUCGGUGUAUUUACAAUCGAGCAGAAACAACGUUUGGACGAGGAUUUUUUUCUUCCGAUAUAAUAACACGAUGAUGAGUUGGAGCAGAACGCUAGUCGUCGCUAUCAUUGAAAUCUCAUUUCUGUCGGCAAUCAUCAAACACUGCGAAGGAUGCAACGAAGCGAUUUGCGCCAGUGUUGUCAGUAAGUGUAUGCUUACGCAGAGCUGCAAAUGCGAUCUCGUUACAUGUACCUGCUGCAAGGAGUGUUUCUCUUGUCUUAGUUACCUUUACGACGAGUGCUGUUCAUGCGUAGACCUAUGUCCAAAACCAAAUAUAACGGACAAUCCAUUAAGCAAGAAGUCUCACGUGGAGGACUUUAGCGAACCGAUGCCAGGCUUGUUCCAAGCGUUAACUGCAGAACCGGAUCCGCACGAACGUUGGCUCACAUUCACAUUUCCGGUGGAUUUCGACAUGUCUUUAUUUACACCAAAACACGACAAAGAAAUGAAAUACCAUAUGCAUACCGCUGACGAACAGAUACAUCCAUUGAAACCAAACGUAAUGACAGUGAAUUGCACCGUUGCAUUUAUGGCUCAAUGUAACUCCUGGAACAAAUGUCGGGCGUCUUGCCAAAGCAUGGGUGCUACAAGUUACAGAUGGUUUCACGAUGGUUGUUGCGAAUGUAUAGGAGACACCUGUAUUAAUUAUGGAAUAAACGAAUCCAGAUGCAUACAUUGUCCUUUGGACAAAGAAGAGGACGAUUUAAAAGAUCAGUACGACGAUUACGGCCAAGACGAAGAUGAUUUGGUGGAAGAUGAGAUCGAUUAAUAUUAUCGGUUCUUUCUUCAGCCUGUUUCUUUCAGUGGACUGUAUGUAUUAAAAUGUAUAAAAAUUUAAAAUAUCAAGGGUGAGUGCAAUCUCAGUGACGAUGAUACUUUCAAGAAUUGAAUUACAAACAGUGACGUCGUUUGUACUUGUUUGUGAUACUCGUUUCGACAUUAUGUGAAAACUAACUUUUGCGACUGACGACUGUCUCGUCCUUUUAGAACGAUUUUCUACAAAAUAUGAGAUAAGUGAUGAACAUCGUUCCCUUUAAAAGGGAUUCGUUCGUUAGUAAUUAUAUAAUUUAAAUCAUUAUAUUCUGUAAGGCUGAAAGCUAUCGAUUGUCGAUACAUCUAAUGGUAUCGCGUUUGGAUUUAAUUAAGCAAACGCAGAAAGACAAA